AUGCCCGAAAGGGUGCGAGUCGUCUUUGACGACUCCGACAACGAACCUAAUACGAUCAAAGAAAGCGUCCCCAAAGACAAAACAACAGAGGAACCAGCAUCACUGAAGAAGAGGAAACACAACAAAGAAGACCCUACCAAGAAGAACAAGAAGCAGAAGCACGAGGACCCCUCAAAUACCCUCAAUCGGACUUCCCCAUCGAAUGCGACAAACGGUGAUGGGCCCCUCCGAGACACCAAACCCGGCGACGAUAAAAGCAGUCUCGACAGAUCAAAGAAAAAGAACCUCAAAGGCAAACCGCACAAGGAUGAAACGCAGAAGUUCCAGUCGCUCCGGGAAAAGGCCAAGACGCUGUAUCAGCUCCGCAAAAACCUUCCUAUUUUCCCGCAUGGCGACGAGAUUCGAGGAUACCUGCGCAAGAACGAUGUGAUGCUUCUGGUCGGUGAGACGGGUAGCGGAAAGAGUACGCAAAUCCCGCAGUUCCUAGUCAACGAGCAGUGGUGUCGGCCAACGAAGGCAAAGGUUCCUAAGGACGAUGGUUCGCAGAAGGAAAUCGAGGUUGGCGGUUGCAUUGCGAUCACGCAACCUCGGCGAGUGGCGGCGAUCUCUCUAGCCAGGCGUGUUGCGGAAGAGAUGGGCACUCCUCUGGGGUCUUCUUCUCCGGCAAGCAAAGUCGGCUACUCGGUUCGUUUCGACACGUCCACCUCACCCAGUACGCGGGUGAAGUUCUUGACGGAGGGAAUGCUUCUGCAAGAAAUGCUACACGAUCCUUGGUUGACAAAGUACAGCGCUAUCGUUGUGGAUGAAGUACACGAGCGUGGUGUCAACGUUGAUCUAGUCCUGGGUUUCUUGAGGAACAUGGUUGCGGGCAAACGAGAAGGACGUGGUGGAGUCCCGCUGAAGGUCGUGGUUAUGAGUGCUACAGCUGACAUGGAGAGCCUCACUGAUUUUUUCAAAGAGGGUUACGCUGUUCCAGGGUCUGCUCAGCUCACUGACAAACCCGAUACUAAUGGUGCAAACGACGGCGAUGCUGCGCAAGAACAAGCACCGGAGAAGAAAACUGAUCGAGACAUCGCCAUCUGCCAUAUCAAGGGCCGCCAAUUUCCAGUCAAAACUAUCUACUCCCCAGAACCGGUGCAUGAUUUCGUUGAUGCGGCUCUCAAGGUCAUCUUCCAAAUCCAUUACAAAGAGCCGAUGCCCGGAGACAUCCUCGUUUUCUUGACAGGACAAGAAACAGUAGAAGCUCUCGAGCACCUGGUGAACGAGUAUGCUACAGGGAUGGAUCCCGCUCUCCCCAAGAUCCAAGUUCUGCCACUAUUCGCUGCUCUUCCCCAAGUCGCUCAGCAGCGAGUGUUCCUUCCGGCCCCCCCGCGAACCAGGAAAGUGAUUCUGGCAACCAACAUCGCCGAAACCUCGGUGACGGUGUCUGGUGUUCGGUAUGUGGUCGAUUGCGGGAAAGCGAAAAUCAAGCAGUUCCGCACACGCCUCGGGCUUGAUUCGUUGCUCGUCAAGCCUAUAUCCAAGUCGGCGGCAAUCCAGCGAAAGGGUCGAGCUGGUCGAGAAGCCCCCGGUCAAUGCUAUCGAUUGUACACUGAGAAGGACUACUUGGCGCUGGAUGAGGUGAAUACACCCGAAAUUCUCCGCUGUGACCUGAGCCAGUCCUUGCUCAAUAUGAAGGCUCGCGGGGUGGACAACGUCAUGGCAUUCCCCUUCUUGACACGGCCUCCUCGAGAAGCCUUGGAGAAAGCUCUUCUUCAACUGUUGAGCAUCAAUGCGCUCGGGGAGGAUGGUCAAAUCAGUCCUGUCGGUUUACAUAUCGCCAAGCUGCCUCUCACUCCGACUCUUGGACGCGUCUUACUGGCGGCGUCAGAAAACGGCCCCGACUGUCUGUCCGACGUUAUCGAUAUCAUUUCAUGUCUCAGCGUUGAGAAUAUUUUCUUGAACACGACGUCGGAAGAGAAAAAAGAGGAAGCAGAGAAAGCGCGACGAGAUCUCUACCGCAGAGAAGGUGAUCACCUCACCAUGCUCGCCACAGUCCAGGCGUACGCCGCAGAGAACACCGAUCGAAAGGCAUGGGCAGAGAGACAUAUGGUGUCCCACCGGGCCAUGCAAUCUGUCAUGGACGUUCGCAAACAAUUGACAACACAGUGCCGUCAAGCAAAGCUCCUGCCGCAUCCCAACGACACUCGAGGCCAGUCUUCGGUGACUCGUGAACCGUCUCCCGUUUUGAUUCUUAAGAGCUUCCUCACUGGAUUUGCUACCAAUACGGCGCGCCUAGUGCCCGACGGGAGCUAUAGGACUGUGGUCGGCAACCAGACCGUGGCUAUACACCCAUCUAGCGUGCUGUUCGGUAAAAAGGUCGAGGCGAUUAUGUACAAUGAAUAUGUAUUCACCAACCGCAGCUACGCGCGGGGCGUGAGUGCAGUACAGAUGGAUUGGGUAGGAGAGGCAUUGGCCGGACCGUGA